GCUGUAUGUGAUUGACGAUGUUUUUUUCUUUCAGAGCAUCCAGGACAUUCAACCAGCAGUAGUGAAUGUGACGAAAUGAAAGCGAUGUGGAACAUGUGCCUGCCCUCUUAAGCCAUUUUCAUGAUAUGUUUUUUGCAUUUCUCAGGUGACCGUCAUUAAUCUUCCUCGGGCCUGAAUGUCUGUUUAUGUGUUCGCAUUGAUUUAUAAAUAUUUGUGUGAGUCCAGCUACGAUCGACGCUGCGCUACUUUGCCUCAUCGGAGCAAUGCGCUUAAGAAAUGGAGAACUCGAGUGAGAUUGAGUACUUCGUGCUGGCUGCCUACAGUGACAUGGGACAGUUGAAGUACUUGUAUUUCUUCAUAUUGCUGCUGUGGUACUGUUCGAUCUGCGCGGCCAACACUCUGCUCAUUGCGGUCAUAUUUGCGGACAGGAGGCUUCACGAGCCGGUGUACAUGUUACUGUGCAACUUACUGGUGAACGAGAUAAGCGGCAGCACGUCCCUGUAUCCUCUCAUGCUCUCACAGAUGUUCUCAGACGCACAUCAAGUGCCCCUUUCCUGGUGCUUUCUACAGAUGGGUUGGAUGUACACUUCCGCCUCUGUGGAGUUUUGCAGUUUGGCAGUCAUGGCUUAUGAUCGCUACAUCUCCAUCUGCAAGCCCUUACACUACAGCAGCAUCAUGAGCGCGGGGACGGUGGGCGUCGUCGUGCCACUGAUCUGGAUGUUUUCGUGCGCCAAUUGCCUGCUCACCGUCGUCUUUGUCGUCAAUUUGUAAUUGUGCGGAAACGUGAUUGACAAAGUGUUUUGUGACCAUCAAUUAGUGGCUAAACUUGCGUGUUCCGUUUCCAAGGUCAAUAGCAUCAUUGACAUGUUUACCUUCCUGACCAGUGUCUUCCCGGUCGGGCUGAUCGCGGUGUCCUACGUCAAGAUCCUGCUCGUUUGUUUUGAUACCUCCAAAGAGAAUAAGCAGAAAGCGAUCACUACCUGCACGCCUCAGAUUGUUUCUGUGUCCAACUUGUUGGUUGGCUGCGCUUUUGUCUUUUUUGACAGCUGGAACGAUGCGCGUCAUUUCUCAGAAAAGGUCCAGAUUUUUUUUUCAAUGUAUCUGCUGGUUUGCCAGCCAAUCAUCACCCCCUUCAUGUAUGGCUUCAAACUUCCCAAGAUAAGAGAAGCCUGCAAGCGAACGUGGAAGAAAAAGGUCUUUUUCUUGCGAGAAUCUCAUUAACCCUUUCAUGCGCCAAUCGUGAUAACCUGUAACCUGAUCACAUGAUAAGGCGUCCACUGUUGUAACCGUUGUCUCCGAAUGGGGUUAAAAUAACUCUCUUGAAAAUUAAUGACAUGUGAUGGAAAUGUCAGCUUUCAUUAUGUUUCGACAACUAUUCCUCCACCGGGCCAAGUAUUACUGCUAAAGCCUGGUGUUAGGAAAAGAAACGAAUUCAGAGGAUGGAGGGGUUGUGCAGGUUUUACCUCAGAGGUUGCGUGGAGUUUCACCAUCUCUCUCCGCCACCUUUCAUAUCCCAAAGAAUAAAAAUAGCAGAUGUAGUUGCGGCAAAUGUCAAAUCAAGCCAGAUACUACAAGCAAAGACAAAACAGUUUGAAGAACGUGACGUUGAAGAUGUAAUAAGAGAGCAAAUAUUUCUGAAAUGAAUUGAUGUGCAACUGAGUGUGAAAGGGUUUUUUUUUUCUUUGUGGACAAAUUGUUGAAAUAUCAAGGGGUGGAAAAGCUGUCAAAUGUGGAUAAUUUACUGAGAUGAAAUAUGCAAAUAGCAAUGGAAAAGAAAGAAAAAACAUUGAUGUGAGUCACAUGUACAGUAAAACAGAUUUUAAUACAAACCUGGUUUACAAUAGCUUUGGAAUUAUUAUGAUUCUUUCAUUUCCUUUUGACUUUGUUU